CGCCACCCUCGUUACUUAAGUCACUGCCACCCCUUCUUCACAUCACCCAUUCACAACCUAGCUACAUUUAUUCAUAUCAAUCAUGAUGGAACGACGUGCCCACACCUUUACCUCGAGCCCGUAUCAAUAUACGGGAAGCUACUACACAUCUCCCGGCCCAUCGACUUGCAGCGAGCAUGGCCCGAUGACGCCUGAGCCCGGCCAUGUAUCGUUCGAUACCCGGAUGCCCUUUCAGAACUUUGGACGCGAACCAGCAAUCAGUCAGCCACUGAGUGCUCCCAUGGACAUCAUGGACCCGUGGGCGCUCGAAGCACCUCCUUGCGGCAGCCCACUGUCUACAAGCUCUUCCAUCAGUCACCCCGAGAGCGUACCAACACCACCUUUCACCGGUCUGUCAAUGUACGAGGCCCUCGAGCCAGCUUUCCAUCACCCCCGAGACACUUCAGUCAGCUACCCAGCUUGCACAAACGACACGGAUCCUCUCUGGCAGUCCAACUACGCAGAUCCCGCCACUUGGGACUCACGAUCGUUUGUCCUGCCCUACCAAGGCGUUCCAAACUACGGACCGCGUACGCUGCAGUUGCCCCCGAGCUUUCCAACUCAAGCACACGUUUCAGCGCCUGGACCCCACACGGCAUACCAUACAUCACAGCAGUACUCCAUAGUUCACCCCGUAAACUCUGCAGACAUCAAGAUGAGCUCCCCUGUCAGCAACGAAGACGAUAGCGAGGGACAAACAGACUGGGACUCUGACGACUCGGACUCGGACGACGGCCCCCCAAGCGACAACUGGACCAACACGGCCACGAACAGCGGACGAUCCAAGCACUUCUUCAAGGUCCAAGGCUGGCCCCGCUCCACAUGCAAUGCUCCUACGCGCUCGGAGACGGGCAAAUUCGAAUGUCAGCACCUCGUCGGCCCACAACACACGCCGUGCCGCAAGCGCUUCGGGCGCCCCGAGCAUCUGAGCCGCCACAUCCGAAGCGUGCACCGCAUCGGGCUGAAGAAACUCGACGUGUGCAGAGUCCCCAAUUGUCAGAGGCCCUUUACCCGCAGCGACAACCUGCGCCAGCACUACUUUAUCCACCUCAAGGUCCCCAAGCGCAAGAGCAAUAACCCCAAGUUGACGUGGCCCGAGAUGAAGGAGAUCCUCAAUACCAAGAAGGACAGGUCGCUGCGCCGGUGGCUCAAGGCGAAGCUCAGAGAGGAAGAAGAGGCACGCUUGAAGUAGUGUGUAUCAGUGUGUCGUUUGGUCGACGGCAUCCGACAAAGUGUAGAAGAUCACGACCCCUAUUUCGGUUUUUGUUCUGGGUAUUUCCAAUCUUUCACGGUGUUGGGGAGGCCAGUGUUUGUCGUGCCUAGGCAUGCUUUUCUGUGCCAUGUUUUUACUGUUAUUGUUAUUGUUGUCUUUCUUCGCUUCUUCGACUAUCGUUUCGUAGAUUUUGUUGCUGCCGCCCACGCCCCCUUCCCUCCCCCCUUUUUUUGGUCCUACAAUAUACAACCAAUGUCUCCGAGAAAGAAGCAUGUAUCAACUCAUGAAUUCUACGGCUG